AAGUUCCUCCUCUACAUAAUACAAAAUAAAAGCUUUUAUAAACAAUUCAGAUGUUAAUGAGCUCAUUUUGAAUGUUUCCGACGUCGACUUUGUGUGUGUUGUUUCCAAGCAUCGACUUUGUUGCAGCUGUAAGCACACUGUUUGGGAAGAUGUUUCUGGUCAGCUGUCCACGUAUGACGCAUCACUACUUGCCAUGGCCGCACAUCACGCCGGAACUCUUUUUUAUGCUGAUGUCAAGACACAUGAAGCUUCAAAUAUCUAUCAAAACAGCAUGGUACAACAGUAGCAACCAACACGUGCCGCUUGAAAUGUUAGUAGAAUUGAACCGGUCCGUGCCAGCGCUUUUGGUGACAAUACCAAAAAUAUACCAACACAGAACCAACAUUGGAAUUCAGCACACCUUCAUACUAGUGGCCAGCCAGGACUUUGCGUUGGCCGUGGUCCUAUUUGAUUACAUGGAAUCCACGGCUGUAUUCCGGGCAAUGCCAGUGGACGGAUGGGGGAGAAGGUACUACGCCGUCACGCUUGGGUAUUUUAUAGCCAUGGUCGCUGUAACCAAUGAUGGACCCAACACAAUAAGUUUUACAUUAAAAGCCGAGAAGAAGGAUAGUUUCCAAGUGUAUUUCGACCAGUAUUACAGGCACGAUUUCCACUGGGAUGUCACUCUGCUAUCUUACCAAUCAUAUGUAUGGAGCACCUGUAACUUACAUGUAAAACUAGGAUCUAUUACAGGUACGACAAUUGUAGGGAGAAAACGAUUUGGAUUUAUUUCCGGCAACUGCCGAAGUUACACGAUGACUAGACAUUGUGGAUCUAAAAUGAAAUCUUAUUACGACAUUGAGGGAACAUACGACAUUGCUGUGGAAAUGUUAAUGCCUUUUGAGACAUUUGGUAAAGACUUUAUGACAUUCUAUAUGGAUGGUCUUCAGACUGCUGGCUAUUACAUCAUCCUGGCUGGCAAGGCUCUCACCCAGGUGACCCUGCAUGCUAACAGAUUCAAUGCUGGAGAGGUCAUAUCUAUUGAGAAGGAAGGUGACUGGGUUUCUAGGGAUAUAGGCUUAGGUAGGGUGACCAGCACAAAAGGGAUACAACUGGUGUAUGUGUCCCGCUCGGCUUGCAAGAGCCCACUCAAGGUUUAUGGAGAGCCAGGUGAUCCUAGCUUGUGCCAGAUUGUCCCUACAAGUCUCCUCUACCACAUUUACAUAUGGAGAUCUCCUUUAAUUAUGCAGACACAAAAUUUCGUUGCGAUGAUGGUCGAAAGCAAAAAUCUGGGUCAACUGAUUCUGAAUGGCUUUCCAUUACAAAGCAGAGUAAACUGGUUGGACAUACCAGGAACCAAUGGUUGGAAGUUCAGCCAGUACAAAGUAAAUCAGGAUUUAGUGUAUAAUCUUUACACAAGUAAUGCCAACUUUGGCUGUUAUUUAUAUGGAUAUUCAACCGGCACAUCUUACAUGUACCCAGCUGGUUACAUUUCUUCUCCAAUCAAUCAGAAAUGUGAGACUACAUUAACAAGUUCCUAUCCAGGAGAUCUUAUAGACAAUGACUGUGAUGAAAGGGUGGAUGAAGAACUGAAAAAUGGCAUAGAUGAUGAUUAUGAUGGAGAAAUUGAUGAGGAUCUGAACGACUUUAAAGCUGAUGUAACCACUACCACAUCAACUACAACCAGAACAUCAUCUACCACCUCAACGACUCAGCCAAGCACAACGUCCAUGACCAAACCUAAGGUUGUAACUACCAUGAAGCCUACAUCUCCUACCACCAUGAGGACUACUGCUGAAACUAGAGUCAAGGUUACCACACCACAACCCACCACCAAGAUCCUUCCAAGUGAAGGGAGUCCAACUACUCUAGUCGCGACGACAACAUCCACAACAACAGCUUCAUCGACAACAAUCACUUCAACCACCAAGGCUACAAAGACAAUAGUGACAACUAGAAAGACUGAAGUAAAGUUUACAACAGUCAAUGAUGUUUCAAUCACUCCUGGUAUGUUUAGCAGCUGGUCCCAUUGGAUGUGUGAUAGAGACUGCCAGAAUACUCGUCAACACAGGAAAAGGCUUUGCAUUAGGACAGCCUCUUCUUACUGUUAUGGCCCAACAAUAGAAUGGCGCAAGUCCAGCUGUUAUGUGAACAGAGUGUGUCCCAGAGACUGUCAGUUGUACCAAUGGGAUGUCGACUGUACUGGGAGCUGUUUCAAUUGUCUCCACGACUGUGAUAAGUUUAACGGUUCUUGUGCUGGGUGUAAACCUGGGUUUCAAAAUCCUCAAGCUGGAUGUAUAGAAGAAUGUGAUGAGUUUACAUAUGGCAAUAAGUGUGAAGGGGACUGUCAAGUGAAGUGCGGGGCGGACUGCAUGGAAAGAAUUAAUGGAACUUGUUUUGAUACUGGGGAGUAUAGCAUAUGGUCAGUAUGGACUUGUACCAAAAACUGCUUGGAACCACGCUUGCAUAGGACCAGAGUUUGUCUCAAGGCACCUGGUGGAUUAUCAUGCCAGGGAGAUUAUGAACAAUGGAAGACUGGAUACUGCUAUGUAAAUAGCACCUGUCCUAAAGAUUGUCCUAAGUUUCGCUGGGAUGUCAACUGUGUGCAAAGUUGUGACAGUUGCAUUCAGGAUUGUGACAAGUUCAAUGGUUCUUGUUACUCUUGUAAACCUGGCUACCGUUUGCCUAAAUAUGGAUGUGUAGAUGUUUGCCUUGAGAACACGUUUGGUUUGAACUGUCUAGGAAACUGUCUUGAUAACUGUGGGGCUGAUUGUAUGGACAAAGAGACAGGAGCCUGUUACACAAUUGGAGUGUAUGGUCCAUGGGAACAGUGGCAUUGUUCAAGAGACUGUCUGAAUCCAAAUAUGAUUAGGAAAAGAUAUUGUAACACCACUUCUUCUGGAAUCACCUGCCAGGGGAGCAACAUAGACUCCAGACUGUCCAACUGCUAUGCUGGCAAACUCUGUCCUAAGUAUUGUCCAGAGUUCAAAUGGGAUGUAGACUGUGUUCGAAGCUGCCCCAAUUGCCAUUCUGACUGUGAUAAGUUCACUGGUACCUGUGACUAUUGUACGUCUGGUUACAAGUACCCAGAGAAAGGAUGUAACACAGCUUGUGAGGCGAAUGAGUUUGGUGUAAACUGCGUUGGAGACUGUCGACGCCAGUGUGGGGAAGAUUGCGCAGAUCGUGUCACUGGGCGAUGUCCCAGUCAGAGGUGGAUUUAUGUGUUGGCACUGGUCCCCAUUUGUUUUCUACCUGCCCUGUACCUGAUGUUGAAAAAAAAGUCCUCAAAUGUUAUAGAAACGAUUGAUCUCCAGUCUCCUGAAGACUAUUACUAUGAAUUUGAAGAAUUAGCUGAUGAGCCUCUAGCCAGUGAAGUGAAUUUGUUGCAGAAGUCCAAUGUGUCUGUUAUGUCUCAAACCACCAAUGGGUCCACUGAGCUCUAGUUGUCACCCUUGUUCAAUUCUGUUAUUUUUUAAUACAAUUUGUUUUUCAAUAAAUAUUUCGAAUCUAAUAAAUAAUUUAUUUAAAUUUGGAUUUCAUUGUAUUGAUAGUUUAACAAGACUUUUCAUGGCCUUUUUGUUUUUACUAUACCUCUAUUCAAGUCUCACAUUCAGAAUGGGUCGGCAAAACCUGGGAGGACAG